AUGCGUCCAUCAACUACUUUAUUCGCGUUUCUCAGCCUCCUUUCUGCAGUGAAUGGAGAGCUUCAUCAGCUCAUUGUUGGUACAUUUGGCACCGAGCACCUCUACACACUCGAGUUCGACGACUCUGCUUUGACCUUAGAAUUGAUUGGCAAUUUCACCACGAAUGCUGCGAGCUCCUGGAUUGCUCUAAGUCAUGAUAAGAAGAACCUCUAUGGAACAUCGUUCACAGCUUCGUCACCAGCAUUUGUGAGCUACACUCUAGGAAGUGCCACAGACAUCAUAUACAACACCACUUUGGCUUUGGGUGGCAACUGCAGCUCGUCCAAAGCUAUUUUCGUCGCCGCAGCUUCAAAGAGUCCCUAUGCAGUGUACGGCACACCUUUCGGCGGAAGCGCAGAAUGCGGUUCAGUCAUGAGCGUUGAUGAGAACGGAGUCCUUUUAGAAGUCAUCCAGAACUAUACCUACCAGUCAACAUCCGGUGUUCACGGCAUGGCAAUGAACGCGAACAACUCUUUCAUCUACUCAGCAGACGACUCGGCCAACACACUAUGGACCCAUAGUGUGGACAGCACCACUGGUGAGCUCACGUACGUCAGCAGCAUUGCCGGCCCUGUCACAGGAGCUGAUCCUAGGCAUGUGGCUGUUCACCCCGAAGGACAGUAUCUCUACGUGAUUCUCGAGGGUGCAAACGAGCUCGCACAGUACUCCAUCGAUCAAGCAACGGGAAUUCCCUCCUUCGAGAACGUGACAUACUCUCUCAUCCCCUCCGGUGCAACCUCAUCCUCAUACUGGUCCGACGAAGUAGCUCUCUCCUUCAGCAACAACUACUUGUGGGCCACAUCCCGCGCGCGAAGUACCAACAGCACUGGGUACAUUUCAGCGUUCUCACUUGAAUCCGAUGGCAGCAUUGAGUCUCAGCUGUUCCUCAAUGCAACCAGCAGUAGUGGAGGCACUGCGAAUUCCGUGGCACCAAGUCCAUUCAGUGAUCAGUUCGUCGCUUUGACGGAUAGCGCGGUGGGGUUCGUGCAGAUCUGGCAAUUAGGUAGUGAUGGAGCAAGCGCGAGUGUAGUCGCUAGUGUGGAUAUUGAGGAUGGAGGGUGUUGUGCUAACGCGGUGUGGUAUUCUUAG